AUGCCAAGUCAGACUGACAAAAACGAAUAUGAUACUUUAUUUGAACUUUAUUCUGCGUUAAAAGAUGAAAAUGAACAACUCAAGAAUAAAGUUAAACAAUUGGAAAAUCAACUCAUAUGUUUACAAUCAUUGACAAACAAUAAAUCAAUAUUAAUUGUUGGAGCCGGCGGUUUGGGUGCACCUGCAGCAUUGUAUCUUGCAGCAGCUGGUGUUGGUAAUGAGCUGCUUUGUCAACUGUCUUAUUUUGCUUUAAGAGCCAAAGGCAUCCCACAUGUCCUUAUUGAUGUACGUGAACCUGUUCAGUUUGAUAUUUGUAAUUUACCUGGCUCACUGAGUAAGGGUAAUGACUCUCAACUUGCUGUUCAAGCAUUAAAAAAGACUUUGCAAGGAGAAAUAAAGGAUGUUAUUGGAGGAUUAUAUCGGUGGGCUAAGGAUAUCGAUCGUGAAUUUCCUAUAUACUGA